UUUCUUACCUUAUCUAUCUGUUAACAGCUUGUUACAUCUGUCUGAUUGUGUGGAGAUUAAAUAACCAGAACAUGGAUUAAAACCGCUAAUUCUCUGUAAAAGAUCAAUCUCUAUUAAUUAAGUGAUGUGAUUCAAAUGAAGUUACAAAUAAUCAGUGGAUUGAAGUGAGUGAAAGAAAAUACAGCAAAUAUGGCGUCAUACGACGGCCGCUACAGUCCCGAGUACACUAACAUCAAUAUUCCAGACAUCUUAAAUUCCAACUCGGACAAGGAAGAAGAGUACGAAAAUGUUGUAUUGCGACCAAAGGAGUCGACGGAUAAUGAUGAAGUCUUCGAAAACUCGUCCAACACAUCAAGUCCGUCCGCUGAACCCAAAAAACGACGGUCGGGUGUCGUGAUUAGCAUGGAGAAUUUGAAUAAAAUCUCCCCGCCUGAAUCCAAUGAUGAAGAUGAAAGAGACAAUUUGCCACGAUUCACGCUUUCAUCUUUUCCUGGAUCGCCAGAAGACCAGUUAGAGCUAAAAGAGAUCGAUUUUGAAGAUAAAAAUGAAGACGAUCAGGAGGAAUCGAAAGAAAAAGAGGAUAAAGUUUGUAAUUUGAUGCCAAAUCCCCAUUCAGUGGGUGUUAUUUACGAUGAAACACGACCUCGACGAAUAAGUCAUGAUUCAUCGCGGUACAAACCUUCUGACGUAAUAUAUGACGAAACCAAACCAAAACGAAAAGUCAGUUUUGAUACAGCCAUGCCAACAUUGAGAAAAAUAAGACAUGACAACAUGCCAAUUCGAAAAAUUAGUUUAGACACCGGUCUGGACUCAAAAAACAUUCGCAGAAUCAACAUCGAUUCUGCAAGCGGAAGGUUAUUGAAGAAACAGUGUUCAAAUCCGGAAGUUAAGACUGAUAGAAAUAUUGGUCAAAUAAGCUUUGAUGAGGAGUCCGGAACUCUUCAUAUUCGCCAAAUAAACCCAGAAGAGGACGAUUCGUCACAAGUGAUGUUUGAAACUGACACUCCUUGUGCAACGCCAAGAAAAAUGAGCUUUGAAGGGGAUCCUUCAGAUAUCGGAUACAUUAAUCGUGGAUUUGACAACGAUACAUACUUAGACAAUGUUACAUUCCAAGUGCAGAGGGUCUACCCAGAUAUUCAAGAAAAAGAUCUUAAUGGCUUCACCAAGAAGUCAAAUGGAAAUUGUGAUAAUAUGGGAUACGAAACUAAAGGCAUCCUUAAAGGAUCGAAAACGAGACAGGCUCCAGUGAAUGGAAACUCAGACUGCAUUGAGGAUAAAGAUUUACACUCAAAAUUGGCAGAACAUCUAAGAAAGGAUUCAAUUGCUUUGACCAGCGAAAAGCUAGGGCAGAUCCUAGAUCUUCAAAAACACUACUCCCAACAACACAUGCGAGAGAAAAGGUUUGGCAAACAGAGAGAAAUUCUGAAGAAAUACCGGUUGCAUUUGGGAGUUUCAGCGUUGUUAGUAUUCAUUAUAAUUCUUGUGAGUAUCGGAUGGCACUUCCACAACAUUGCAAGGAAGGAAAAGAUGAUCAGUCAAAGAAUUUUCUUCGAGGCCAAUUCUAAACGGAUAUCCCUUUCUGAUCCAGGCGAAAGGGAUUCACUGUAUGGAACACUUGGUCAUCAGAUACCGUCAUGGCAGAAACCUACUCAUUGUCUUGGUGAGGUAGAAACACAAGAAUUCCAAUGUUUACGUUGGAAAAACAGUGCUAUCUUAAGGAUAAGUUAUUUUUCGCCCCCUGAAUUGAAAUGUUAUAAUAUCUCUUGGGAAUCUAUCUCUGCAGAACUUUAUCCUUUGGAUUGUUAUAACAUCGGAAACCAGGGCUGGUUUGGACCCUCGAAUCAAACUCAUCCCGAAUGGCCAAUGACUCGUGACACCGAGUUUACUUUCUCAGCCUCUUAUUCCCAAAACUUUGAUGCAGGAACUUUUAAUUCGGCAGUUGAAAACUACUGGCUUUCAGAAAAUGGAAACGGUCUCUUGGUCAGCGAUAAUAUUCCUUUAGUUAUGCAUUGGAAUACAAAGAACAAAGGAUCAUGGUGCAUCACUUCCAAUUAUACUGGUGAUUUCUAUGGUUUCAAAGCAAAUAUUGACAAGAAGAGGUUUCUGAAUUACACGAUUUGUAAUGGAAAUGACCCCAAAUCUGCACAUAAAUACUUCAGAAGUUACUUGGAACCUGGGCCUGGUAGCUUACCAACAAAGCUGCUUUACACAAGUCCACUUUGGUCAACGAAAGGAGAUAGAGAUUCCAAAACAGUUUCUGAGGCGGAUGUUCUCAGCAUUGCCAAUAAUAUAAGGAAACAUAACAUUACUUGUGGUUCAAUAGUGGUGGAUGGAUUGUGGGAAGACAUUCAAGGGGAUUUCACUUUUGAUGAACAAAGAUUUCCAAACAUUUCUACCUUGCAAUCUACCGUUUUGUCGACUGCUGAAUGCUCUCUCACAGUGUCAUUCAAUCCAUACUUUGAUUACAAAUCUGACAGUUUCACAGAAGGGCAUCCAAAGGAUCAUUUUAUUCUAGAUGCCAGUGGCAGAGUUCCAGCACUUGUCCAGUGGAAUGAUGAUGUCAUGGCAAUGUUAGAUGUGACUAACCCUGCAGCUAAAUCAUGGAUCACUGGGAAAAUGAUGACGUUGGCGGACAGGUACAAGAUCAAGUCUUUCAAAAUGACAUAUGGCAAACCCACUUGGUUGCCUUUCCAUCCGACCUUUCAUAAACCUGACGUUACUCCAAAUCAAUUGAAAAAGGAAUUCACUCACAUGUUGGUUUCUUUUCAUCAAUUGAAUGCAGACAUCAUCGAAGGAACUUCACAUACCCAAAACCUUCCUUACUUUGUGUCUGUUCGAACAAAGGUUAAACAAACGGAAAAUGGUCUUUGUCUAACUGGAACCAUUCCUGUAGGUCUAGCACUAGGUAUGAUGGGAUAUCCUUUUGCCAUGGCUGAUGGAAUAAGCUACAAAAAGUACGAUCCCGAGGAUAAAACCUACGAACUUCUUCCAAGGGAUCUAUAUGUUCGAUGGAUUCAGAUGGCUACCUUCUUCCCUGGUAUGAAAUAUUCAACCCCACCGUGGAAGUACGACAAUGACCUCGUCAAUUUCGCCAGAAAAGCUGCACAGAAGCACGAAGAAUAUGUGACCCCAGCGAUUGAAACCAUGAUGGAUGACAUAAAGGCUGGAAUGCCCAUCAUUCGACCUGUCUGGUGGAUAGAUCCGGCGGACAAAAUUGCCAGGAGUGUUGGCGAUUCUUUCCUCAUUGGGGAUAACUACCUGAUUGCUCCUGUUCUCUGUGAAGGGAAAACCUCAAGAGAGAUUUAUUUUCCGGAUGGAAUUUGGAAAGAUCUAGAGACUCAUAAGUUGAUCGUUGGGAAAAAAUGGAUAACAUAUCCUGUGGAGAUGACAACUUUACCCAUUUUCGAGAAAACCAAAGUUUAUGGAGAUACGUAACAUUACAUAGAGGGAAAAAGUCAUUCUUUUUUCGUCUCUGCUUACUGAAGAAUGGGUGACGUCUUUUCAACACUGAAUACUGGGUAUUGAAUAAUGUUAAUUCUUGGGAGUAUAUAGCCUUUAUUAUUGAUCUCCUCUGGUUAAAAAAUGUAAAUACAUAUAUGUUUACAUGUAUAAUAUGCAUUCUCAUGUAAUGAAAUGUUUUAAGUCAUUGUUAUAAACAACGAAUUUACAGUUAUUAAGUAAAUAUGGAAAUGAAUGGGAGCAAUUUAUUCAAAUUACCUUGUUACUUUGAGUAAAACUUUGCAACAAAAUGGAUUUUAGUGUAUAAAGUAUUUUCCGAUUACAUUUUUUUUUUACUUUGAAAGCUUUAUUUUACAUUGUUUAGAAUUUUUUUAUAGAUAUAUUUUUAUAUUUAAUCAGAUGCCAGUUAAAAUGUAAAUAACAUUUAGAUUUUGCAGGACAAGGCUUUAAUUAUUGUUACA